GUCGGCGCCAAAAUUUGAUCCUGGCGGCCAGCGAGGAGCGGGUGCGGAUGAGCGAGUGAGACUCUGGCAUCGAGGCACGACCCUGGACGGGGGAUUAUAAUCCGGAUACCUUUCUCAGUGCUUCUCAGAGGAAUACUUUGCCUGGAAUACCUAUUAAGAGCGUUGGGAAGAUGUACAUUAAGUCAAUUGUUCUUGAAGGUUUUAAAUCCUAUGCUCAGAGGACGGAAAUUAGUAACUUUGACCCGUUAUUCAAUGCCAUUACUGGCUUGAAUGGUAGUGGCAAAUCCAAUAUCUUGGACUCCAUCUGUUUUGUGCUGGGAAUCAGCAAUCUGUCACAGGUGCGAGCUUCCAACUUGCAUGAUCUAAUUUACAAGAGUGGGCAAGCUGGAAUUACAAAAGCAACCGUGUCUAUUAACUUUGAUAAUUCAAACAAAAGUCAAAGUCCACUGGGGUUUGAAGCUAAUGAUGAGAUCACUGUGACUAGGCAGGUUGUUGUAGGAGGUAAAAGUAAGUAUCUUAUCAAUGGUGUGAAUGCUGCCAACAGUCGUGUGCAGGAUCUCUUCUGUUCUAUUGGACUCAAUGUCAAUAAUCCUCAUUUCCUCAUUAUGCAGGGAAAAAUUACCAAAGUUUUAAAUAUGAAGCCACCAGAGAUUUUAGCUAUGAUUGAAGAAGCAGCUGGAACUAGGAUGUACGAGAGCAAGAAAAUAUCUGCCCAGAAAACCAUAGAGAAGAAGGAACUCAAACUGGAAAACAUUCAAACGGUCUUAAACGAGGAGAUAGGUCCAACUUUAAAGAAACUGAAAGAGAAACGAGCAUUCUAUCUAGAAUACCAAAAAGUAGUACGAGAAAUAGAACAUUUAAGCCGUUUUUGUGUAGCUUAUCAGUUUGUUCUGGCUGAAGAAACAAAGGUAUCCUCCACUGGUAUGCUAAAGGAAAUGCAAUCUAAUGUAGAGAAGUUUAAGGAAUCAAGAGCUGAAAUUGAACAGAAGGUAAAACAGCUUAAUGAACGCAUAGCAGAGAUGGAAAAGGAAAAGGAUAAGGAAGUUGGUGGUAAACUCCAAGAACUAGAAGCUGCUCUUUCAGGAAAUCAAAGAGUUAAUGCAAAAGCACAAAGUGCUCUUGAUCUCAAGAAGCAAAACUUAAAAGGUGAAGAGGUUAAGUAUAAGGAAUUGGUAACACGUAUGCAGAAGGAUUCUAAAGCAUUAGUGUCAAAGGAGAAAGAAGUAAAGAAUCUAGAGAAAGAACUAAAUGUUUUACUGGAAGAAAGUGAAAAAGAUGCACAUGCUUUAGUUGCAGCACAACAGCAUUUUAAUGCUGUAUCUGCUGGCCUGUCCAGCAAUAGGGAUGGUGAAGAAGCUACUCUUUCAGAACAGAUGAUGAUCUGCAAAAAUGAAAUUAGCCAAGCAGUAAUAGAGGCUAAACAGGCGCAAAUGAAAUUGAAUUAUGCACAAAAAGAAUUAAAGGCAAAAGAAGCUGAAGUUAAAAAGAUGGAUGAAGGCUACAAGAAAGACCGAAACACAUUUGAAGCUGUUGAAAAAAUGAAAAGAACCCUAGAGAAGCAAAUACAGGAGCUGAACUACUCAGAAGAAAAAAGGGAAGAAGCCCUCCUGGCAAAAAAGAAGGCAUUGAUUUCUGAUAUCAGUCAGCUAAGAGAAUUGAGUGAAAAAUUAAUGUCAAGACUUCCUCAUCUACAGUUUACAUACAAACAUCCAGAAAAAAGAUGGAAUCCAAACCAGGUGAAAGGCCUUGUUGCGUUUCUUAUCACUGUGAAACUUCCAUCCAAUGCCAAAGCCCUGGAAGCGGUGGCUGGAGGGAAACUCUAUAACCUUGUUGUGGACACAGAAGUUACUGGCAAAAAGCUGUUAGAGAAGGGUGAACUAAAGCGUCGAUACACCAUCAUUCCCUUAAACAAAAUUUCAGCCAGGUGUCUUCAAGAAAACAUAGUCAAGUUGGCCCAAAGCCUGGCUGGACGUACUAGCUUGUAUUUAGCCCUUUCUCUAAUUGGGUACAAAUCUGAACUGCAAAAAGCAAUGGAAUAUGUCUUUGGAACAACAUUGGUCUGUAAUAACAUGGAUAGUGCUAAGAAAGUGACUUUCGACAAAAGGAUAAUGACAAGAAGUGUUACUCUUGAUGGAGAGGUGUUUGAUCCCCAAGGAACUCUGCAUGGAGGUGCAUCCUUACAGGCUGGAUCAAUAUUGUCUAAACUUCAAGAAGUGAAAGAUGUUCAAACAGAACUCCAGGAAAAGGAAUCUGAACUUGAAGCGGUAGAGAAUGAGUUGGCAACCUUGAAGACGGUUGCUGAAAGGUAUCAGCAGCUGAAGCAGCAAUGGGAGAUGAAGUCUGAGGAAGCAGAGCUUCUGCACAAGAAGCUUUGUCAAAGUGCUUACCACAAACAAGAGGAAGAGCUGAUUGCCCUGAAGAAAACUAUUGCAUCUUGUGAAGAGACAAUAAACAAAACCGAAGAGAGCAAAAAGAAAGCAGAAAAAAAAUACAAGGAAUUGGAGAAUAAAAUUAAAAACGCAGAAGCAGAAUAUCUAAAAGAGCGGAAAAAUGCAGAGCAGAAACUAGACAAUGCCAAGAAAAAGGCAGACACUUCAAGCAAAAAAAUUAAAGACAUGCAGCAGGAAGUGAAAGCUUUAGUUCUGGAGCUUGAAGAGCUGAAACAAGAGCAGGCCUCCUAUAAACUACAGAUAACAGCUGUAGAGGAAGCAAUCAAAUCCUACCAGGAUCAAGUUGAUGCUCUGGUGGCUGAAGUGGCUAAAACAGAGGAAUCUGUAGAGAAAGCACAGAAGGAGCUUACCAAGCAAAAGGAAGUAAUUGCAUUACAUGAUAAUGCAAUUAAAGACAAAUCUGCAGAGAUGGUAAAAUACAGAGAACAAAACAAUGAAUUACACCUUAAGGUUAAAGAAUUAGAACACAGCAUCACCAAAUGUCAACAAGAGGCUGCUGAUGCUGAUGCCAAGGUGGCCAAAAUGCUGAAAGAAUAUAAGUGGAUAGCUUCAGACAAACCACUCUUUGGCCAGCCAAACACAGCCUAUGAUUUCAAAAGUUGCAACCCUAAAGAAGCAAGUCAGAAGCUGCAGAAAUUGCAGGAGCAUAAAGAGAAGAUGGGAAAGAAUGUGAACACCACAGUUAUGAACUUGAUUUCUGAUGCAGAGGAAAAGUACAAUGACUUAAUGAAGAAAAAAAGAAUUGUAGAGAAUGACAAGUUAAAAAUUCUUGCAGUUAUUGAAGAGCUUGACCAGAAGAAAAAACAAGCUUUAGAUAUUGCUUGGAAAAAGGUCAAUGAAGAUUUUAGUUCCAUUUUCUCAACACUCCUACCUGGAGCCAGAGCUAUGCUAGCACCCUCUAAAAGUCACAAUGUCAUUGUUGGUAUGGAGUUCAGAGUUGGCUUAGGAAAGAUCUGGAAGGAAAACUUAACAGAACUUAGUGGAGGACAAAGAUCAUUGGUGGCCUUAUCCUUGAUAUUAGCCAUGCUCCUCUUCAAGCCUGCCCCAGUUUACAUCUUGGAUGAAGUGGAUGCAGCUCUUGAUCUCUCUCAUACCCAGAAUAUUGGGCAGAUGCUUCAAACUCAUUUCAGACGCUCCCAGUUUAUUGUGGUGUCUUUGAAAGAUGGAAUGUUCAACAAUGCAAAUGUCCUCUACAAGACCAGGUUUGUGGAUGGUGUAUCCACUAUUGCAAGAUACAGUCAGAUCAAAAACGAGAGAAAAAAAGAGCGCCGACGAGAAAGUGCCAAAAAAAGAAAAAUUACGGAGAAUGGUGAGCUGAGUGACAUAGGACCUGCAAAGAUGCGCAUCCCUAUUCUUGCACAAGUCUAGUAACAAUUUAAAUGGUCCUUGUUGCUUCCUAAUGUUUUUAUAAUAUGUUUUGAUGUUUUAGUUCAUAUCUGCAUUUUAUUAAGAAUUGAAAUUCAUACAAAGUAGUCUUUAAUAACCUGUUCUAUUAAGUAAGCUGGACAAUUUUGAUCUUUAUGGUGUGACACAAGUCAUGUCAUUCCUCUCUAACAUUUACACAUAAAUGUAUAUAAGCAGUAGCUUUCAGUAAACUUAUAGCCUUUAGAUGAGGAAAAGCUGAUUCAACUACCAGUGUUCUAUUCAGAAGACCUAUUGCCAAGUAUAGUAACAGUCUUCCUUGCCUGUUGUCAAAUUCCACAGAAAAGUGUCACUGAUAAUUUUUGUUAAGGAGCAAAGCAAUCCUCAACAACUAACUACUGCAAUUUUUUUACAAUUUUUCACCUGUUGUUUUUCCAAGAUAAAAUAUGAUAUACAGUA